AUAAAACAAAGGUAGGUUUAGACAUGGUGAGGUGCAUGAUGAUAAAGCAAAACUUCAACGAUAUAUGCAGCACGAGCGGAUAUUGUGUGAUAAAAGUGCAUUCUACACUAUAUCACGGACAAUGCCAACACCACGUGUUCGGUUCAUAGCGUUGUCGAUGAACAAUGUGGAGAUGUGAGACAACGCGUGACACGAAGUCAUUCAGUUACAUGGUGAUAAAAGUCGCUACAGCAAUUACAACCUUUAUUGGUGACUGUCCUCGAAUGUAGGUAUGGAAAUUGUUCUAUUGCAAUUUGUUCGACGUUCAGUUGCUUGAAGAUGAAAGGAUUAGAAGAAUAUACGCUGAAUUUGUCAGACAAAGCAAGUAAUUGAUUGUGAACUAAAUCUAAUGCAAUAGUAACUAUUUGUUUUGUGAAAUUGUGUUACGUUCAAAGCUCGGCACGAAAUCCACAGUCUGGCUCAUACUAGCCUGGUUUUGAAGUCUCCCCUCUGAAUCCGUACUGGGGAACAAAAUACACGGUCGACAGAUAGAGGGCUAUUGCCGCUAAUACUAAAUGACACUUUCAUUGACAAUUUGGCAUUUGCUUGAUCGCCAUCGGUCAACCUAACUGGGAUGUAAUCGGUAACUGAUAGCUCACAUCCCAGCAGUUUCCCUGGCCGAAACAGACACAGCCGAUAGGGAUCGGGGAUGGUUUGGCGCUAAGAAGUGUCCACAUUGAAACAGUUGACUCAGCCCCGUUGGCCGAAUAAUUGCACCGGGGUGGUGGAAGAGCGUUUCCGUACGAUGGAUGAUAAGAGAACUCACUACCUCACCCGGCGUGAUAGGGAGAUAGAAGGAGCCAACGGGAAAAUGGAAGAUUCAUCGAAUCUCUCCCACAGUACCGUGCCGACUCGGCUCAGUUGUAUUCGGGACGUAGUGCAAUGUAGAGCGAAAACUGUGAGUUGACCGUUGUGUUGUGGAUUGUUGUUGCGCCAUCAUUGAGACGGCUGCAUCAGAAUCCUUACAGUCAGUAUAUUGCCAUACCCCACAACAACGCCCAGUACAACGAACGUCCCGUUCGCCCUGCUUCAUUCACGUGUGGCGCAACGUUUGGUGGUAGUAAAGUGUCCGGUAUUUCGGUAAAGUAGUGUUCGAGCAAAAAGUACAAAAAAUCUGAUUACUCAACAAUAUCCGCUGUAAGCGAAAGUCUGUGACCGUUAUUGUUUUUGCGAGUGUUUUAGUGUCCUUCCCGAACGGUCUCAGGUUGGCCGAUGCUCUAGGUGCAAGAACGAGAAAGAUCGAAGGCGUGAAAAUAAACUUUACAGCAUAAGGGAUUCAUAUUUUGUGGCAGUUGUUCCAACCGAACGUUACCUUGACAUUCAGUCGUUUAGCGUGUGCCGGAAAGCCUUAAUCAUCUUCUGUUUGCAAAAUGUGGUCCGGUUUUGCAGACUACGUAACAGAAGCCUGACACGAUACGCACGUGCGUCUUCUUAGGGUGAUUUCGCCGCAAAGCAAAAAGAGCAAGGAGUUUUAACACCCAAUCGUAGCGAUUCGAUCGCACAAUCGUCCGGCAUAAGUACACCCCCGUAUAUCAUCUUUGGACCGGCUUGAUGAGAACGCACUCGGUACUGGGAGGAACGAGAAACGCUAGGAGCGACCAAUUCAACGCACUGCUAGCAACACUUAUGCAUUAUAUUCGGGAAAACGCGAGCACCGAAUCCGCCACCUACUGUCUCCGGUAUAUGCCCAAAGAUCCCCGGCUUAGAUCGACAGGAAGACCCGAUCCUCGUGGGAUACCAUUAAGCCGCAGCAGCACCACCAUCACCGCCUGCAGCAAUAGUACUAGUAGAAGUAGCAGUAAGAGUACAAGCACUACCACCACUAUUGCAAACGUACGCUUCCGCCGUGCUGUGUUGUGUGCCAGUGGCAAAAAGAACAUCCGUAGUAAUAUCCGUCCUAUCGUCGGCGACGCCACCAGCGUCAAAGUGCGGUUGUUUCGGUCAACGCCGAUUGCAAAGCAACGGAACGAUCAGCAACGUAGCAACAGUGACACCUUGACCUGCCUUUCCGAACAGCUGCUUAACGGCGUUUAGUAUUCAUCGUAUUAGUAGACGCUGUGUAAUACCACAACAAUACUGCCCUACAUUUUCGAUCAGCAUUACGCACGUUUACACUGCUCGAUUAACGAGUAUAAAACAUUGAAAAAAUCGUUCAACUUAGUUUGUGUGUGUGUGUGUGUGCAUUUGUUUGUUGCUGAAUGAAAAGUUUCCCUUCCGUGCGUAACAAAACUCAACCACUUUGGGAAGGCUCAAAAGCAACUGCUCGAAAAUGGUGCUCGAAAUACGCGUAACCGAUCCGUCGGAGAAAUCGCUCACACCGGAACGGGUGAAAUCGUUGACGGAAGAGCAGGAAGAUCGUAGAAAUAACAACAGCCGCCACUCGCCAGGUCGUACACCGAUGCGUAUUGGACGAGAUGAACUAGAAGCGAUCAAGACCAAUCUGCUCAACACGAAUGAAGUUACGUUCAGUACCGUGCUGGAUACAGAUCUUUGUCCGCCUGGUUCACCAGGUUCGGGGCGAGGAAAUUAUGGCAAGAACUUGAGUAUGGCUCAGUUAAAGGUGCCAGGUGUUGUUGGUGGUGCUGCUGGUGAUGAUGGUGAUGGUGAUCGUACACGUCGAACGCGCCUGAUUUCGGAACUAUCGGAAGCGGAUUCGAUUCUAUCUUCGUACCAUGAGCCGGAGAAGAAGAAACCACCCAAAAUUCCCGACGGCGGGUAUGGAUGGGUGAUCGUGUUCUCAUCCUUCAUGAUCUCGCUUAUCAUGGACGGGGUGUCGUUCUCGUUUGGUCUGAUCUACACCGAGCUGCUCGAUUACUUUGGAGAAUCUAAAUCAAAGACGGCCUGGAUCGGGUCGCUGUUUAUCGCCGUACCUUUGCUAUCUGGACCGAUCAUGUCCAAUCUGGUGGAUCGCUACGGUUGUCGCAAGAUGACCAUGCUUGGUGGAUUCAUUGGAGGAAUGGGUUUUGUGUUGGCUUCCUUCUGCCAAUCAGUAGAGCAGCUUUAUUUCACCUUCGGCAUACUGUCCGGCGUUGGGCUUGGGUUCGGGUACGUGACCGUAGUCGUCUGUGUGGCGUUCUGGUUCGAUAAGCGUCGCACGUUUGCUACAGGUAUCGGUGCCUCAGGUACCGGCAUUGGCACGUUCGUGUACGCUCCACUCUGCCAGUGGUUGAUAAACAACUUCGGAUGGCGUGGGGCAACACUUAUCCUUGCCGGUACACUCUUCAAUAUGGUAGCCAUGGGUGCGCUGAUGCGCGACCCAGAGUGGAUGAUCGAGGAAAGCAAGCUCGAAAGCCGAGCCCAAAGCAUCCAAACGUUCUCGAACUCAAGUGUUUAUCUAGAUGAGAUCAAGAAGCUCAUCGAGACAGGGAUCCCGAAGGAGCACGUGCUGGAUACGCUCGUUACGAAUGUCAACACGGAAGCGAACCAGGUCAUACCACCGGAAGAUCCGGCUAUUAAUAAAAAGUAUCAGAGCUUGGUUGCACUGCCAACUUUCUUUAGCGAGCAGGAACAGCUCGGCAGUGGUGCACGUGCCAAUGGCAUUCUGCACGCUAGUAAUAGAUCCCUACGCCACAACGUUCUGACGAAGGAAGCGUUCAAGCGCAGCGGUAGAUUGGUUCAAGCAAAGGCACGUCUGGCCAGCACGGAGACACUUAACUCGUACGAGAAACUUUCCGACGAGGAGAACGAUGAAGCACAUGACCAGGAGCAUCUGGAUGGCAUUAGCCUUGGAAUUCGUGCUUCACUGAAAACACUUAGCGUAGCUUCGUUGGAGGAUGGCUAUCUGAGCGUUAAACGCCAGCAAGAGCUACACGAAAAGGCGGGUGGAAGUACGUGGUCUUUGGAUGAGGUCGCUCUUGCUGGAUCCCUUGUCGUUCCUGUGCCGCACGGUGAUGCUGCGGUCGGUGCUGAUGGUAGUCGUGCAGAGAAAUGUCGCAGCUUUCGAGGCAAUUCGCUCGAUGUGGUGUACGAGAACGAGAUCUUUAAUCCAAACGUGGACACCAACGUAACGCUAGUUGUGCCGAAGCAGACAAAGCUGCUGCACCAACGUUCAGUUGCGCCGCGCGGUGGAGGUCUCAAGAAACAACAUUCGCUUGGUCGUCAGCAUUCGAUGCGUUACUCGAACUUUUACAAGGAUAUGCGGCUGCAUCGGAACUCUAUUCACUACCGGGGUGCGUUACUUAACACACAUCGAUAUCGAUUGAAGGCGUCCUCAUGUCCAAACAUUUAUCGCAAUUCGAUGACAACGAUUGCCAAGGAGCAGGAUGAGCCAUGGUACGGUAGCUUCAUCGAUACGCUGAAAUCAAUAUUCGAUUUUUCGCUCUUUUUCGAGUUUCGCUUCGGUAUGCUCGCCAUCUCCACACUGCUUCUGUUCGUUUGGUACAUCAUUCCCUAUUUCUACAUCCCUGAGUAUGUGCUGAACUACAAUUACAGUGAACAGGAUGGAGCGAAUCUUAUCUCUGUGAUCGGUAUCACCAACACGAUCGGUAUGGUUGGUCUUGGUUGGCUCGGCGAUCGGCCUUGGGUGAAUGUGUCUAAGACGUACGCGGUGUGCCUGGCACUAUGCGGUGCAUCGAUCUUUGUCAUGCCGUGGGUGAUCUCGAGCUACGCAGCGAUGGUGGUCCUGUGUAUUAUAUUUGGCUUUACCUUCGCAAGCACGUUCUCUUUUACGCCAAUCAUUAUGGUGCGGUUGGUGAGCUUGGAUGAUUUUACCGUUGCGUAUGGACUGGUGCUACUGGUUCAGGGCAUUGGCAGCCUGAUCGGACCACCGAUUGCUGGCUUCCUGUACGAUGUGACCAAUCGGUGGGACGAUUCAUUCUACGCAGCCGGAUUCUUCAUCUUUCUCUCAGGGGUUUGUGCUUGGGCGAUUGGUUCACUGGAACCGUCACCGGACAGUCAGGACGACGACGGAGAGAAGGAAAGUGAUGCUCUCAGCUCGACAGUUACGGCGUAAGCAGAGCGAAGCGAGGAGAAAGUGUUUGCCAGCUGCUGUACAACUGAGGUGCCUUUUGUACUUAUUCAACGAGUGUGUUCGUUCUCAAGAAGAAAGCAAACCAUAGAAAUAGUAAGAUUUUCGUUUCAUGUCUUGUGUUCAGGCGUUGCAGCAUGGUAUUCCCACUUCCCUUUUUUGUUUAACCAUCCCUAAAAACUAACGAACGGACUACCUCGAAACAAGUAAUUCGCAAUCAAUGGUGUAAUUUUUUGGUCAUGUUAGAUAAUCUUUUUGUUUUACGUUUCAACGUUGUUAACUUGGAAAUUUUAAUGUUAGCCAUGUCUAGCUUGCGAAAAACAAAUUACAUAAUUAAACAACGAUACUACACCAUAAUUAGCGCUAUAGGUCAACGAACGUCAAUCGAAUGCCUUACAGUAAAUUAUGCCUAGAUAGAGUAGUUAAAAAUCACCAUUUAAAAAGUGAAACUUAAGACAUCCUCGUGUUCUAAUAUUCGAAAGAGAGAGAGAGAGAGAAGAACAAACGAAAAUAGAUACAAUCUAUUAGGAGUUCCAGAAGUAAUUAGAUAACAAAUAUAACUAGGCAAAGAAUAUAAAAAGAUAGCUUACGAUCCCGCUUCAUUAGUAUCAGGGCAGUAGUUAGGAAGUUUUCCUCCCGAUUUGCGAACUUUUUCAAAAGCAUAUUGUAUGAGGGAAGCUUCCGGGACCAAUGUCCUCACUUUGUUUCAUAGGCACAUUAGGCUAGCAUAGAGUUCUUCUCAAAACACAUCCUUCUCUCCCACAGCACUGGGACCAUAAUCAUUUAUCAUAAAAAUGGAAUUGUAUUUUUGAAAUCGUGAAAUUGUGUUGCUACACGACGGUAGGUUAACGGUAUGCACGUAGGUACUAUACAUUUUAGGCUGUCCCAGUAAGUUACUAUAAGUAGACACACUUAAAAAACAAACAGGGCUCUUGUGAUUGUAUUGUGUACUUGUAAAACAAUUUUUUAUCGUUCGUGGUUUUCUCUCUCUGGUGUUUAUAUACACUUGUUCUUUAUUUUAAUGUAUUUUAGAAAUUAUUUAGAAAAAAAACAACAACAUACAAAUAGAUAAAUCAAUGAAAGCGUGUGUGGUAGCAUAGAAUAGCACGACAUUUGUUUUUGUUUUCUAUCCGUACUUACCAGCAAGAUGUCUUUUAUAUCUAGACAGAAUAAAACUCCCCAACCGGUUCACAAGUUA